AUGAGCGGCGAGGAGAACGGACGCGCCGGCCGUCACGGGAGGAUCGGCGAUCGCCACGGGGCGGCCCCGGAGGGCGGCUGGGGCUGGGUGGUGCUGGCGUCCACCGUGGCGGUUCUGGCGCUGACGCUGGCCUUCCCGGCCUGCGUGGGCAUCUUCUACAGUGACUUGCAGAAGGAUUUCCAGGCGUCCAACAGCCAAACGUCGUGGGUGCCCGCCAUCAUGACGGCCGCACUCCACGCGGGAGGGCCACUGUGCAGCGUGCUGGUGGAGCGGGCGGGUUGCAGAGCGACCGUCAUGCUGGGCGGAGUCCUGAGCGGGCUGGGCGUGGCCGCCGGCUCCUUCGCGCGCUCCGUGGGACAACUGUACAUCACGGCCGGAGCGGUCGCCGGUUUAGGUUUCUGCUUCAGCUACCAGCCGGCCGUGACCAUCUUGGGGCAGUACUUUGUGGAGCGCCGCGCCUUCGCCAACGCCGUCUCGUCCACUGGUACGGCGCUGGGCCUAUGCGCGCUUCCGGCGCUGGCCGACUUCCUGCGCGAGCGAUUUGGCUGGAGGGGCAGCUUCCUGGUCCUAGGCGCCGUCCUCUUCCACUGCUGCGUCUGCGGUGCCCUCAUGCGGCCUCUAUGGCCGCCGCCGCCGCCAGCGGAACCCGGGACACCUUACAAAAAAUACUUGCGCUUGGGACUCAGGGGCUUUGUGGCGUGCGUGGCCAAACACCUGGCCCUGGACCAGCUGCUGCACAACCGGCGCUACGCCGUCUAUGCGGCGGCCAUCACCUGGACCAUGUUGGGCUUCGUGGUGCCGCUGCUCUACCUGGUGCCCUACGCCACCGCCCACGGCACGGAGGCGGGGCGGGCGGCCUCCCUGCUCUCCGCGCUGGGCGCGGUCAACGUGGCGGCGCGGCCGCCCGCCGGGGCCGUCUUCGGUCUGCGGCGCUUCCGGGGGCGGCACGUCUACGUCUUCUCGGCGGCGCUGCUGCUGAACGGGUUGAGCAACUUGGUGUGCUGCGCGGGCCCGGCCUUCCCGGUGCUGCUGAGCUACGCGCUGCUCUACGGGCUCUCCAUGAGCGCGGUGGGCUCGCUCAUGUUCACCGUCCUCAUGGACACGGUCGACGCCGGGCGCUUUCCCUCGGCGCUCGGCCUUCUGUCGGUCAUGGAGAGCGUCACGCUGCUGGCGGGACCACCGCUGGCCGGACUCCUGCUGGACGCCACGGGGGACCACCGCCUCAUCUUUGCCGGCUGCGCCGCCGUGGUGGCGUCGGCCGCCGUCUUCCUGGGCGUCGCCUUUUGGCGGAUGGACACAGAGGAGCGCGCCCGAGACUGCGACGACGCGGCGGCGGAAGGACGCCCUCUCUCUGAGGACAGCGCGACCGUUCACUCGCCGAUGCCGAGGGAAGCCGACCGUUUGUGA